AUGGAGCCGGCCAGCGGGAGUGUGAACAAGAUGGACAAGAAGGCCCUGGAGGGGCUGGAUGCCCGGACCGAGAGCACGAAAGUGCCAGACGAUGCCAGGGAGGACUUGGUGGAGGACCCGCCUUCCGAGAAUGAGACAGCAACCUCCACCAAGAGGUCCCAGAGCAAGCCGGAGCAUGGAAGAGGCCCUAUGAGGGUCGCUUAUCAGGCCAAGAAAGCUUUGAUCCACAAAGGGGUCAUCACGAAGAAAGAGGCAGCGAAACUUGGUCCGGAAGAGAUCAUGGUGAUGGUGAAGAAGUACCGCAAGGGGAACUCCAUCCUCUCGGAGGUCCUGCUGCAGCAGCUGGAGGAGAACCAGAAGGAGGACCUCUUCAAGAGGCUCUUCGAAGAGCACCAAGAGACCCCGGACAUGAAGAUCCCGCAGAUCACGGACGAGCAGGUCCUGCAGGCCGACGAGGUGCUGCUGGCCAACUACCUGUACCAAAAGUGCCCGUUCUGCAAGAAGUACUUGGACGAGGUGCACGUGAAGACCCCGCAGCACCGCAUCUACAUGAAGGAGCACCUCCAGUCCAGCUAUUUGCUGACCGGCGAGCCCGGCGACAUGAAGUACUUGGACGUGAAGAACUCGUUUCUGAGGGUGAGGCGAUUCGGUGGCGGGCUGAAGGAGCUCAGCCUCAGUGGGGCUUUGGAGUACUGGGGUAAUGUGGAGACCCUUCCCUCGCUGGUGAAGUCGAUGCACGAGAAGAAGCCCAUGAAGGUGAAGUACGGCGAGUCCAAAAAAGCGAAAACUUUCGACUUGCCGAAGGAGGAG